AUGCUUGAAGAACAAUUCAUCGAGUUCAGCCCCGGUGGCACCGAUCUCGUUGACGCUACCAUUCUUGUGGACGAGUCCGACUUUGCUGGUGUGAAGAUAGCUACUCGCAACUUGUCCCAGGAUUUUGCCAGGGUAACAAAGAAAGAUCCUCCCCCCGUCGACAUAGUCGAAAACUCGAAAGACAUCACGGCAGGAGGCUCGAGAGUAGCCAUAAUUGUCGGUUCCGUUGAGUCGAGUCCGUUAUUGCAACGUCUGGAAAGGGAGAAUGGCGUUCAGUAUAGCGCCAUCAGAGGGAGAUGGGAGUCCUUCCUCACAGUCUUGGUCGAUAAGCCCCUCGGAGGCUGCUUUGAUAAGGCACUUGUGAUUGCUGGUAGCGACAAGAGGGGCGCCAUUUUUGGUAUCUACACGCUGUCUGAGCAGAUCGGAGUAUCCCCGUGGUACUGGUGGGCCGAUGUACCCUCAAAAUAUCACCCAACCAUCUGUGCAAGCCCCAAGUCAACGAUACAAGGCGAGCCCUCGAUCAAGUAUCGAGGGAUCUUCCUCAAUGAUGAGGCUCCAGCUAUGACAGGUUGGGUCCUGGAGAAAUUUGGCAAGUACAAUUCCGAGUUCUACAAGAAGGUUUUCGAACUUCUACUUCGUCUCAAGGCAAACUUCAUGUGGCCUGCCAUGUGGCCUGGAUACCCAAACCCGGGGGCAAACUUCUUUCUGGAUGAUCCAGACAACCAGCGGGUAGCUGAUGAAUAUGGCAUUGUCAUGUCAACAUCUCACCAUGAGCCAAUGCAACGUCUCACAAACGAAUGGGUUCUAGAGAACGGAGAAGGAACUUGGGACUGGGACAACAACAAGGAGAAGAUGACGCAGUUUUUUGAGCAUGGUGCCCAAAGAGCCAAAGGUUACGAGUCAUACUUCACCAUUGGCAUGAGAGGAGAAUAUGACCGCAGGAUCAAGGCGUGUGACCCAGCUGCAGCCAUCUCGGAUGCCAUCAAGACUCAGCGCGAGGUAAUCAGUCAUGUUUAUGGCAGCAGCGACAAAGUUCCACAACUCCUUCCUCUAUACAGAGACAUUGAGCAGCUCUAUGACACUGGCCGGAUCCAUGUUCCCGACGACGUGACGUUGCUGUUCCAAGAUGACAAUAAUGGCACCAUUCGCCGUCUUCCUACCAAGAAAGAAUCUGCUCGAAAGGGUGGUUCUGGUCUCUACUACCAUUUUGAGUACGUCGGUCUGCCACGGAGCUACAAGUGGAUAAACAGUGUCUCGCUGGGAAAAGCAUGGCACCAGCUUCGACAUGCGUACAACCGCAAUGUUCGAGAGAUCUGGAUCUUCAAUGUGGGCGAUCUGAAGCCACUGGAGACUCCAAUCACAUGGGCUAUGAGUCUAGCAUGGAAUAUCAACCGGAUUACAUCAGAAAACCUGGGUCACUUCCUCCAAGAGACGGCAGAAAAGACCUUUGGCUCUGAGCUGAGCUGCGAGAUUGGCCGUGUCUAUCACGGAUACGAUCGUCUGGUCUCUUUGCGCAAGCAUGAGCUUAUCGAGCCCACUACCUUUUCCCUACUGCACUACAAUGAAGCGGAGACUAUUCUUGGCCGAUGGGAGAAGCUUUUAGAGGAUGCCAAAUUGGUAUAUGACCGCCUCACGGAGGAGCAGAAACCCGCCGGAUACCAGCUUAUCCUUCACCCUGUCAAGUCGAGCCACAUUUUUGUCGCCCUACGCGUAAUGCAGGCACGCAACCAACUCUACGCACGACAGAGGCGCAACACCGCCAAUACUACCGCCCAGAGUGCUCUUGACCUAUUCGAUGCGGACUUCGAUGUGCAGCUCGAGUACCACUCGCUGCUCGGCGGCAAAUGGAACCAGAUGCUGAGGCAGACACAUCUUGGAUAUGAAGACACCUGGCACGCGCCCUCUCGAGAUAUGAUCACGGGUUUGGGAUAUGUGCAACGGCGUCAAGACUCCAAUCCUAUAGUCGGACAGAUGGGCGUCUCUGUUGAGGGUCAUCUGGGCGUCCGUCCAGGUCUCAUUAACGAGGAGUCUGAACGGACACAUCCCAGUCGCCGUGACCUUGUACCAGGCUUGACACUGGGAACCAUGAGCCAAUACGGCCCUGUUUCCAGGUGGUUCGAGAUCUGGAACCGUGGCACUCCGACGAUUAACUGGACGGCAUCGACACCCUACGCUUGGCUACAACUUUCCAGCUCCUCGGGGUUCUUGGUGCCUGGCAGGGAUGAUGUGAGAGUCCAUGUCACUGUCGACUGGAACCAAGUCCCUGAUAACUUUGAUCAAGAAGUUUUGAUCGAUGUUAAAUCCGGUAUCGGCGAUUUUGAGCAGAUCCAUGUGCCAAUUGUGGGACGACGUGCCCCUGAUACCUUUCAGCAAGGCUUCAUUGAGGGUCCUGGUUAUGUCUCUAUGCCUGCUACAAGCGGCAUCUUCGGCCACGACUAUAUGCCCAUGCCAGACUGUGGUAGGUCUGAAGAUGGAUCUGUUGGACUGGACCUUACACGCAAUGUGAACGACACAGCCGGCUUCCUAGCAUAUCACCUCUACCAGUUCUCAGACACCCGCACAGCAAAGGUUCUCCUUGAAUUCGGCAUCACACUCACCACAUCGACUGAGGACGUCCCAUCGUACGACUUGCAGUUGAAUGAAGGGCCUGUCACACACCACAACAUUGAACAAUAUACUGAGGCCAGCAACCGCUUUGGCUUGAAGUUGGGAGUUCCGCGUGCUGAGGGUUGGAUGAAGGCGGCAAGCGAUCUUGUCUGGAAUGUGUCGCAUGAAGUGGAUAAUCUCAAGCCUGGGCCCCAGGUUGUCAAGAUUAGGCUUUGCCAUCAGAAUGUAUUGCUCGAGAAGGUGGUAGUGGACUUUGGGGGUGUUCGAGAGAGUUAUUUGGGACCACCACCGAGCUACAAAAUCGAGGAUGCUUGCAGGUGUUGA